GAAAUUAAGGCAAGCUAUGGAGAAACUGGACGAAAUAACAAUUGCCACCCUGAAAGAAGCAAAUGUUGGAGAAGACCUGCUCUCAUCACUUUCACAAGAUGACAUCAAAGAUCUGUUUCCUGGUCCUGAACAUUUCCUCAGGCGUCGGGCUCUAUGGCUUGCAGUGCACAAAUGUGAAGAAAACAAGACUGCUGCUGAAAAAACGCUAACAACUACUGGAGAUGGUGACUUCUCCAGAGAGGAACCCAGCACUUCUAAGUUUGUGACUAUGUCCAACCCAGAGUACAUAGUCUUCACAGACAGUGAACUUGAGCAAGAUCGACGUUCCUACUUUGAAAAGAAGCAGCUGGGGACAGAGUGUGCUGAACCUUUGUCAAAGGAACUCUUUUGUCGACUCGUAAGAAACACCAUGACAAACAUGAUUUCGAUAGCAAAAGCAGCUAAGGACUCCAGAUACCCCAGCAAACAUAAGGUUGAUGCCAUGGCAAAGCGAUUGAUGGAGUACUACCCAAUGCUUAAAGAAACGUGUGGUGAGUGGGAGCAUGUUGCUAAAAAGCUAAUGAAGAGACUCUCCAAUGUCAAAAGUCCAAGGAAGGGCAAAAAACCUCCCGCGAAGAAGCCAAGAAAGGAUGGGAAUGAAAGUGUUGCAAAAAGUGACAGCAGUGGGGAGUCCAGUGCAUCAACUAUUAUUCUAGAUAAAUCACCAGUUAGAUCCAUGGGCACCCCAGUGCACCACCAGGAUGGCAGUGAUGAAGAAUCUGGUUCAGCUGACUUCUUUGACAGCCAAAAAACCCAGGCAAGACACUACAAGACACUUCAAGAAAUAUUCUUAAAACUUCAGAAGACCCUGAAGGCUACCUGCGCCAGCGACCCCUGGCUUGUCCAGUUCUGCUUGUCUCUGAAGGCAACUGCAUGA